GCUCAAAGCCGCCGAGAAGCUUGCCGGCGAACUGCACGACGAGUUGACGUUCCUCAAGGAGCAAGAGUCGACGCUGUCCAAGGAAAACAAGGUGCUCUCCACACAACUCACCGAGUUGCGCCUCCAGGCCGAGAAACCCGGCUACGACGCGAAGGAGAGUCAGAUCACCAUCGACAUUCUCAAGGAGCAGGGCGCGGACCAGCGCAGCGAGCUUGAGGAGUUGCGCAAGACGCUCGAGCAGCUUAGGGCAAAUAAGCCCGAUGCCGCGCAGGAGGACAAGGAGAGGAGGAAGCAGGAGAAGAUGGCGCUUAAGGUGGCCCAGUUUGAUGCGCAGGGUGCUUUGAAGGACGAGCAACUUCGUGCCCUUCUGGCGAAGCUCGACGCGGACGAUGCGCCGUCAUCCCUUACGAGCGAGGACAUUGCCUCAAUCCGUCGGCAGCUCGCAGAUGGCCAGGCUUUGGUCAGGGAUACCGUCGACCGCCUCCGUCAGAAGCAGGAGGAGGGCGAGCUGGCAGCGCGGAGGCGCGACGAGCUUGAGACGCGGGUAUCGGCGCUCGAGGCGAAAUACGAGGAGCUACUGGAGAAGACGAUCCGUGACGAGGAGACAAGCAAUGUGGACGUCACAGGCUCUCUCGGAAU